UUUCUUCCCACAUUCCACUGUUAUUUAGGAGCGCCUCCUGUUUUUGCACUCUGGCCACUUUCUUCCUAAACUACGUUCUACUACAUCUGUUUUUACCGUAGCUGCCAUGACGACUGCUAACCGUUCGCACCUCAAAGAAAUACUCAAACACCUGAUUCUCGAACCCACGGGGUUUACAGCCGAACAUGCAGCCCAGGGGCUGCACUCGAUUAUGCGCGGCGAGGCCAGCGAAUCGCAGAUGGGUGGGUUUCUGACGGCGCUAAAACUGCGCGGCGUUGACGGUAAUGCACAGGUCAUCGCCGCGCUAGCCAAGGAGGCACUGGAUAACGCCUUGAUACCGAACAUUGACAGGUCCAAGGGCGGGGUUGUCGCGGAUAUCGUUGGCACGGGCGGUGAUGGAUGGAACACGUUCAAUAUUUCGACGACUUCAUCACUAGUGGCAGCAGCGGCAGGAUUAUGCAUGACGAAACAUGGCAGCCGGGCAUCGUCGUCGAACUGCGGAUCGGCAGACUUGCUCGAGAGCUUGGGCUUCGAGCUGGACUAUAUUUCGCCUGGGGAUGUUGGUGAUUUGCUUCACCAGUACAAGUUCUGUUUUCUGUUUUCUAGUACUUUCCACCCCUCGAUGCGGUACCUGGCCAAGACGAGGAGGGAUCUCGGGUUCCCGACGCCGUUCAACAUCCUCGGCCCGCUGAUGAACCCGUGCGUACCCGAUAGGGCUGUAGUCGGGGUGUGUGCCAAAUCUCUGGGGCCAGUGAUGGCUGAGGCACUGAAGAUCCUGGGUCGCCGCAAUUAUGCUGUCGUGUGUGGUGAUGAGAACUUGGAUGAGAUCAGCAUUGCUGGUGACACGCAUGUGUGGCAUUUGCGCGAGAGCGGCGAUAUCGAUUACUACACGAUCAACCCGGAGCGCGACUUUGGGGUGCCGACCCACCCGCUGACCGAGGCGGCUGGGUCAAAUCUGGAGGAUAACCAGAGAAUUCUGAAGCGACUUUUAGGCAACACACUGCAGGAGUCCGACAUUGCUAUCCGCGACUUUGUGCUGGUCAACACUGGUUUCUUGCUGUAUAUCGCAGGCAAGGCACAGAGCAUGAAGGAAGGUGCUGAGGUUGCACGGCACACUAUCGAGUCGGGCAAGGUCCUGGAGUUGCUUGAGAACUUUGCGCAGGCCACACAGGCACUGAAGUCGCAGGAGCUGUCAAGACGGGCGCGAUAAAAUGGCGACUUGCUGAUUCAGUGAUGCAUAGUCGGCUUUUGCCAUCCCCUAUGGACGGAAAAUGGCCGAAAUGCAGCAGGAAAGACCAAUGCGUCACCACGCCAAUUUCAAUUGGCCCCUGGCAGAAUGGAGGUGACUCACAGCACCGCAAUCUGGGCGCUAGUGACUUCCUAGAACCCAUUUAUCUACUGGCAUGGUUCCUGGCGUCAUACCAGCACAAACAAGACCUUCUUUUCCCCGCCAACAGUUCCUACUUGCAUAAUUUCUAAACAAUGGCAUCGCUCAGAGACAACAGACAGCACCUUCGCGAUAUUUUGAAGCACCUUAUCCUGGAGCCGG